AGUCGAUAGUGUACUACGUCAUCGAAAGAUGUCUGCUAGUGUUGGAAAUAGACGCGUUUGGAAUUUUGUACUAAAACAUAGAGCAUUUAAGACCUGUGCUAAUACUUUCGGUUGUCAGAGAUUGUAUUCAAGAGAACACACAUGAUAUGGACAAAACAGUGUUAAUGAUGGGGUACAGCUGGGAAUCACAAUGUGCAACAGAGCCCUGAAGGGUAGUAGGUGGGUUGGGUACACCUUUCCACCUAGCCUGCCAUAUAAAGUGCAACUCAGCAGGGAGGGACUGAGGGGAAGAGAGAUCAUCAACGAACCAUUCAAGGUCACUAGCACUGACAGGAGAGGCGCACAUUUGUUCAGCACAGAGGAUGACAAAAGUAAGGAGUAUGACAUUGUUAUUGUUGGGGGAGGUAUUGUGGGAAUGGCAACAGCUAGAGAGCUUAUUCUUCGACACCCUGGUCUGAAGUUUGCUGUUGUUGAAAAGGAACAUAAGCUUGCUGCUCAUCAAAGUGGUCACAACAGUGGGGUGAUACAUGCAGGUAUCUAUUACAAACCCGGAUCUCUGAAGGCAAAGCUUUGUGUGGAAGGGCUGAAACUUAUGUAUGAGUAUUGUGAUAAAAACAACAUACCCUACAAGAAAUGUGGAAAGCUGAUAGUUGCAACAGAGAAGGACGAGAUUCCUAGACUGGACGCACUGUUUGAGAGGGGACAGGAGAAUGGGGUUCGCGACCUCAGGGUCAUAGGGCCCCAUGAGAUCAGGGAUAUUGAGCCCAACUGUGUGGGCCUGAAGGCAGUGCACUCACCCCACACUGGUAUUAUCGACUACGGCUGUGUCACUGAAUCUUAUGGCAAGUUCUUCCAAGAACAUGGAGGCAGUGUGUUCACCAACUGGGCUGUCAGGAAGUUCAGUCUUACACCGGAGGGCAGGUCAGGGGACUUGGAGGGAAACAAGUUCCCAAUCACUGUGAUAGGAGAUGAAUCCAAGAAUCAGAUGUUACGGUGCAGGUAUGUAGUCACAUGUGCUGGACUCCAGUCUGACCGGAUUGCUGAACUGUCUGGCUGCAGCAGGGAACCAAGAGUGGUGCCAUUCAGGGGAGACUACUUGCUACUCAAACCAGAGAAGAGCAAUAUGGUCAAUGGUAACAUAUAUCCGGUACCAAAUCCAGCCCUGCCGUUCUUGGGUGUCCACUUUACCCCACGUGUUGAUGGUAGUGUCUGGUUAGGACCCACUGCAGUUCUGGCAUUCAAGAGGGAGGGAUACCAUCUGCUGGACUUCAAUUUGGCAGAUACCUUUGAUGCACUGAAAUACAGAGGCACUAGAAAGAUAGCUAUGAAGCACUUGGGGUUUGGCAUGUCGGAGAUGUGGCGGGCGUUCUUCAUGUCUGCCCAGGUUAGACAACUACAGAGGUUCGUACCAACGCUGAAGAGGGCUGAUGUCAUUAGAGGCCCAGCAGGAGUUCGUGCCCAGGCGCUGAGUAAUGAUGGAUCCCUGGUCGAUGACUUUGUGUUCGACGUAGGAGAGGGAGAUGUAGGGAAACGCGUUUUGCAUGUACGCAACUCGCCCUCUCCAGCGGCAACUUCAUCAAUUGCUAUUGCCAACAUGGUUGUGGACAAAAUAGAUAAAACAUUCCAUCUUUAAUGAAAAUAGAGAUACAUCUGGACAUUAUAACUGGAAACCUUUUGCGAAGCAAAUUCGGAAACGAACUAAAUGCAAACUGAAUGUUUAUGUUCACACUGGUUUUAGUACUAAAAUUUGAUCUCGGCUGGAAAAUCUUUUUGUACAGUUGGAUUUUUUUACAUAUUUGUUAAAGCGGGUAUAUACGAUUUUUUUUAUAUGUGUUUAAUUGUAAUAUAUUGAUAAAAUAUGU